AUGAAUGAGAAAAAUACCACCAUUAUUACAGUGGUCCACCUCUUAGGGUUUCAGACUCCACAUGCUGCAACGUGUUUUUUAUUCUUUUUAUUUCUUUUGAUGUAUUAUGUGACCAUAUGUGCAAAUCUCCUGAUUAUCUCAUUGGUGUCCCACAGCAAGUCCCUCCAUUCUCCCAUGUACUUUUUCCUCUCCCAACUGUCUGUAACGGAUAUUUUAUUAUCAACGGAUGUUCUUCCUAAUAUGCUUCAUUCUAUGUUGGAGAACAAUACGGCCAUCAUUUCAAUUUCUAAUUGUAUCACCCAGUUUUAUUUCUUUGCUGUCUCAGAAACCUCGGAGUGUCUUCUGCUGACAGCGAUGGCUUACGACAGAUAUGUGGCCAUCUGUAAACCAUUGCAUUAUACUUUAUUGAUGAGUCAUCAAUUUUGCUGGAUAUUAGUUAUCACAAGCUGGAGUUUAAGUUUUCUUGUUGGAUUGAUUUAUACUAUAGAGAUGUCAAAAUUACAAUUUUGUAGUCCUAAUGUUAUCAAUCAUUUUUUCUGUGAUCUUGACCCAAUUCUACAACUCUCCUGCUCUGAUACAACCAUUUUUCAACUACAAUCCACAUUAACAAGUGUAUUUUUUGCUUGCACUCCAGUUACUAUCAUCAUUAUAUCAUACGUGUAUAUUAUAGUCACUAUUUUUGAAAUCCCUUCUAUUACAGGUCAACAGAAAGUGUUCUCAACAUGCAGCUCCCACCUGACUGUUGUUUCCAUGUUUUAUGGUACCUUACUUUUUGUGUAUUUGGUACCUAAGAGAGGACAGUUGUUGGAAAUUACCAAAUUCGUGUCCUUGCUUAAAUUCCUAUCAAUACUGUACACCGCGUUAACCCCGUUGAUGAAUCCAAUUAUAUACAGCCUAAGAAAUAAGGAUUUGAAACAAGUCAUAGAUAGAAUUGUCAACAACUUUUUUAAGUUUCAUUUACAUAAAAAAUAA